AAAACCAAAACACAUUGCGUUUUGAUUGUUUGAAUUGAAUUGUUAUUAAUAUUGUAUUGUUUUCCACAUAACUAUCACCACAACAACUGAUCCAACGAUUCAUUUACAACAACAACAACAACAUCGACAACAAUAACCAACACAUGUCUUCAGCGGAUAAUGGUUUCAAACGCGACCACUUCUUCUUCAUCGUCAUCAUCAGCGGCGGUGAAGACAAACUAUACGAUUAAAUUGAAACCUCUUUGGCAUUCGUCUCAAGUCUACUGUCUUUGUUUUGACCGGUCGUCACGUUUUGUUUUUACGGGCGGCGACGACGGACGAGUCAAAGUCUAUUGCUGUCAAACGGAUCGAUUGGUCAGAUGUUUGACCGACAACAGCAACAGCAGCGGUGGCAACGAUGACGAGUACGCCGAUGAAGUUGACGUACUCUGUCGGACAAUAGAUUGGGAAACGGAUACCAACAUCGAGGCCAAGUUCGAGACCGAAUUGGCCCGAUUUGCCAUCUGUGACUUAGCAGUUAACUACGAGAAUACAUUGGUGGCCGCAGCCAAACAUACGGGUUCAGUCUCGGUCUGGAGUCUCAAAACGUUUGACUUAAUUGCCAAACUUGAUGAACAAGUUUAUCCCAUUCGGUCCAUACAUUUUUCACCCGUUUCUAUGGUCGUCAACAACGAUCAGAAUAAGAAGUAUCUGAUAUCGACAUCGGAAGACGGUUUCAUCUAUUUCUAUGCCUACGACGACAAGUCAUUGAAAUUUACAGCCAAAGCUGUUCACCGGAAAACCCGAUACGAUAACGAACGGGCAGUGAAUGUUUGUUGCGAUUAUUCAACGGGUGGCCUAUUGUUGGCCGUUAUUCACACGGCCGGCCAUAACAGCGAUGAGCCAGUGAGGCCGUCAUCUAAGCUAACGAAUUUGUUGGCCAAAAAAUCUGUCCAAUCGGUAAUACGGGUAUUCAGUUUGACUGACGAACAAUUCGGAGCCAAAGAAGAGUGGAAAUGUAGUCAACAUAAGACACACUUGGAUUGUGUUUAUUCGCUACGGUUUUGUCACAACUCAUUCCGGUUUGCCUGUACAUGCGAUCAGGACACCAAUGCUUAUGUCUGGAGCUUUGAUAAAGCAAACAAAAAAUGGGAUUCAAUUAUACUCGACAUCAAUGCUAAGCAAAACAAAAAGAGUUUAAGAGGAAGUCCGAAACAUCAGUUGACCGAAGAGUUGACAUUUGUCGAUGAACUGACGUUCAGCUGCGAUGACCGCUAUUUGUUAACUGAUUUGACCGAUUGUUCCAUCAAAGUGUAUGACUCGGAGUCCGGCGAACUGGUCCGACAUUUCAAUACUCAACAUACGAACAAAAUUUCGAUUAUUGAAUGUCAUCCGAUUGUCGGACAUAUGUUUCUGACGGCAAGCUAUGACUCGAAUAUCUUUAUCUACGAUAUUCUUCAGGGAGUUGUUGUCAAUCGGUUUGACUGCUGUUUAGUUAGCAACCGAUUGGACGGCAAUACUGUCUUAACGAACGGCCAGUUGACUGAAAUCCGUCCACUAAUACUUCAGUGUUCGUUUAGUGCCGACGGCCAGACAAUAGCAGCCGCCGAUAAUUUGGGUAACGUUACAGUGUUUACCGCUGACCGCCAGAAACGUAUCAUUUCAUCGUUGGAUCGAUUGGAGGCAGAACUUCGACGAAUUCAUUCAGAUAGUAGUGAUAUAUAUUGUGAUAAUAAUUAUAGCGAUGUCGUCCUCACCACCGAUGAUAUCACUAUUUGUCGACAAAAUGAUAGCAAUUUUUUGCGAUCGCUGUUCGACUUUGAGUUGGAUCUGCUUCACGGCAUUGAAAAGCCAUCGCCGAAUAAAACAAAUGUUCAACAAAACAGUGAUCACAGGAAAGCUGUUAAACACAAACCUCAAGAUAGUAGUAGUAGUGUUGUUGUUGGCGUCAAAAGAAGUCUAAAAUUUUAUAACAACAACAACAAUACCACCAAAACACCAAAAACUGAUUCAUCAAAGAUGAUGACAAAUAAUUUAUCGCCAAAAAGGCUGAAGACAUUGCACCACAAAAAUUCACCAAAAGUUCAAAAAAAUAAUAACAACACUAAUAAUAAUAAUAAUACUAAACGAUUCACUAAACAGUGAUAAUCAUAGCAUAACAUAUCAUUUGAUUAUUUUUCUUCUGAUUUUUUUAAUAAUAAUUCCUAUUAUUUAAUUCAUAUGUAAUUAAUUGAUAAUUAAUA